CACUGCCGUGGGGAGAGCAGGAGAUGCUGACCAACUGCUCCGGCAGCUCAGCCUGUGCCACCAACCGCUCCCAGGCACCGCUGCCCGUGGGCCUGGAGCUGCCCAGGAGCCUGGAAGUCGUCUUCACCGCUGUGUCAGCCGUGAUGAUGGGGCUGCUCAUGUUCUCCCUGGGCUGCUCCGUGGAGACCCGCAAGCUCUGGGUGCACCUCCGGAGGCCCUGGGGCAUCGCCGUGGGGCUACUCUGCCAGUUUGGACUCAUGCCGCUCAUAGCGUAUCUGCUGGCACUGGGCUUCUCACUGCAGCCAGCCCAGGCGGUCGCUGUGCUCAUCAUGGGGUGCUGCCCCGGGGGGACCAUCUCCAACAUCUUCACCUUCUGGGUCGACGGCGAUAUGGAUCUCAGCAUCAGCAUGACGACCUGCUCCACCGUGGCCGCGCUGGGGAUGAUGCCGCUGUGUCUCUACCUCUACACCUGGUCCUGGGAGCUGGGCAGGAGCCUCACCGUGCCCUACCAGAACAUAGGAAUAACUCUUGUGUGCCUGACGGUUCCUGUGGCUCUUGGUGUCUACGUGAAUUACAGAUGGCCAAAGCAAUCCAAGAUCAUUCUCAAGAUCGGGGCCGUGGCUGGUGGGCUCCUGCUCUUGGUGGUCGCCGUUGCCGGCGUGGUGCUGGCGAAAGGAUCUUGGAACUCCGACCUCACCCUCCUGACCAUCAGCUUCCUCUUCCCUCUGAUCGGCCACGCUGCGGGCUUCCUGCUGGCUCUUCUUGCCCGCCAGUCCUGGCAGAGGUGCAGGACGAUUUCCUUAGAAACCGGAGCUCAGAAUAUUCAGAUGUGUGUCACCGUGCUGCAGUUAUCCUUCGCCGCUGAUCAGUUGGUCCAUAUGCUUUGCUUCCCACUGGCCUAUGGCCUCUUCCAGCUGCUGGAUGGGUUCAUCAUUAUCGCAGCGUACCAGCUGUAUGAGAGGAGACGGAAGAGCAAACACAGGGAACAGAAGACAGAGUGUGUGGAAGGGCAUGACGAGAAACAGCCCUCUCCUCCCAAGGAGACCAGUGCGUUCUUGGAAGUGAAUGAAGACACUCCUGGGACUCCUGGCCUGUCGGGGGGGCAUGGAAAUCUGGGGGGCUCCCUAGUAGCACGGGGGAACCAAGUCUGA